AUAUUGCAGGUUAAGUGCUGCGCACCUGUAUAUUUCUUGAAUGAUUAUGAAAAUUAGGAACGCUUUAUGAUAAGACGUGAAUAUUUCCAUUAGUUCUCGAUAGUCUUCCAAUUGCUAUGCCUUUUUAUUUAUCUUAUCUCUGAGAUAUCCAUUGUGCUGCUACUAAUGCGAGUUGUAGAAGGUGCUGUGUUGUUUGUGCUUCGGUUGUGAGUGUGUCGAAAUGAUUUUGAAGAAUCUGGAGUUUGUGGAUGAGCUGGAUGGCGAGCUGGGGGCGCUGAUCCACGAAAUAACUCCACAUUUUGAGGAGAGUUUGAUUAGGGCAUUCAAAAAUGAUACUUUGUCAUACCAUAGACAAGAGAAAAAGCAAUGCUUCCAUACUUUAGACGAUGUUAUACAUCCCAUAGGAGAAACAAUGAUCGAACUGCGAAAUUUGCAACUAGCUUGGGUCCCCGACUUCAGAAUAAAUCAAUUAAGGGCGCAUUUGGGGAUGCUCUGUUUGGACUUCCAGUUGAAUCUGGGAUCCCUGAACGUGGAGGGGGAGUAUGGGGCGAACAACGCCAGAUUGCAGGAGUUUCUACCUGUUGCACAUGAGGGAAGAGCCACAAUCACCUUCAAUAACAUGACGGCAAAGGGCAGAGUGGGGUUAUUCAUCAACGACGAUUCUUUGUUGCCGGAAAAUAACGAUACAGUUUACGAGACCAGGGAAGUUGAUAUAAGGGUGAGGUAUCAAACCACCAACUCUAGAUACAUGGAAACUAAGAUCUCCAGAAAUAAUGUAGAAGAAACUCUGGGAAUAUCAAUGUGGAGUCAGUUGACACAAAUCCUGACAGGAUUACUAAGUAGUCAGCUGAAGAGAGUGCUCUCAGAAUUCUCCCUCAGUGACCUCUUUGGGGAUAAGAUGGAACAUUUUAGGAAACGUGAAAAGGAACUCAUACAUAAGUCGAACCGACUAGCAGACCACCUGUUAUGUUCUGCCAAAGAUUUCAUCGUACAUAAUGACUUCCGUGAAGUGUUCACACCAAAUUACGAUAUCAUCUUCAGAGGCAAGCCCACGAGCAUCAGUCUUGGUAAUUUGAGGACUUCUCAGGGCGAUCUCAAAGACCUGUCGACAUUAAAUCGACAGAAAUGUUGGAGCUGUUAUGCGAACGACAAGGAAUUAAUAUUUUUUGGAUUCUUCUCGCUGAAAAUUUUCAAACAUACUUAUCGAGUUUACGAAGCUGAGUUUGAGUCAACCAAAGUUUCAGGAAGUAUCAAUAUGUCCGUCCACAGAAAUGGCAUACUGUUCAGGGUCAAAUUCUUGAGGAAUGACACUACGUGUGAAUAUGUCAUGGAGGCUGUGGAGCUUCAGGAUGUAGGAGAUAUCGAUGUGGACAUAUCCGGACUUGCUUCACUUGGAUGGUUACACCCCAGAGUCGUUUCUUGGACCAUUGCCAACUUCAGACAUCAAGGAAAGAGGGUUUUGGAAAAGCUUAUAAAAGAAUCAUUUGACUAUGCCAUCGAAGAAAUGAAUAAAGCUAAUGAAUACCCAGAUACUGUCGAAAAGUUUGAUAAUAAAGUUACUUGAAGAAAACUGCUCGUGACUUAUGGAAUUGACUUCAUCUGAUUCAUCAAAAUAUAACUCCUUU